AGUUAGAGGAGAAGGAAAGGAAGAAGAAUCAUUACACAAUAAUGAAUUAAGAAAACUAAUUGUGGAAAAUUACAAACUCCUUUCACCUCACAAGGUAGCUUUCAAACAAACACGACAGGGUGUUUGCAGAACCUAAAGACACAGAGAGUAUUGAAAAAGAGCGGAAAGCAGGAGUGUAACCUUCACUAACUUCUUUCAGAGAGUGGAGAGGCCUGACAGUGUACGGGCAUGAUUAUCUCUGGUAGCCCAUUCUGGACUAACGAUUUUGUGAACCUAUAAUUUAGAGAGUCCAUAAUGUCAUAUGUUCACCUUACUUAUCUCCCUAACCCACUGAGUAUUAAUUCUCCCAGGCAGGGGACUAGCUUUUCAGGCCACAUGUAAGUCUUGAUCAGCUUUAGCUUGAGGAUUUGGGGGUGGGGAGGGAUGAUGGAGAGAAAUAAGGUUAAGGUUAGCCUUCAAAUGGAAGAAACGGGAAUAUAAAAUCCUCGUCUGUGCUGAUCAUGCUUCUCAAGAAAGGCUGAAAUUCAGGCCCAGUGAACACACUUGUGGCCUUAACAUCUCUCAGAAUGAAAGGAUUUUCUUCCUUCACAAUACCUUUAUCAAAUUCCAACUAUUUUCUACAUUUCUUCCUUAUACAACCCAGGCGCACGGGUUGAAAUAAUUUUCCUUAAGAAAUCCAGGAAGCUCUGGCCUGGCCCUCCCUCUAGAAAGGAAAGUCCAAGUAAAGAGGGAUGCCACACCCGGGGAAGGGAGAGAGGAUGUGACGACACCUCCAGGAAUGCAGGGCCCACACAGGUGCACUGGCACCCACGAACUUCCUUUUUAAGAGGUCCUGAUAAAUCAGUACCGAUAACAGGAGUAAAACUCAACCACCCAACACACACUCACACAGAGCUGGAGUGCUGCUCCCAGGGUGUGGCCUUGCCAAUCAGGGAGAGAAGGAGGAGACCUAAGAACGGAGCUCUCUAAAGGUGGUGACAUGGUUUCUAGUCCAGCCAUGAUCAGAGUGUGGUCUCUGGGAGUCCCUGAGACCCCUUUACGGGGGUCUUUGCAAGGCCAAAAGUGCUUUCACAAAACUAAGAUGUCAUUUGUUCUCAUCAUUCCCAUUGUCUCACGAGUAUACAAUGGAGUUUUCCAGAAGGGACAAGACGUGAUGACAUCAUCACUCUGAUGACUGUUGGAAUGCAUGCUUGUGUAUUCCCAUGUUUUGGACACAUCCGUUUUAAUUCUAAGAUAAAUAUUGAAAGACAUAACACAUAAAGUACUUUGGGGUCCUCCAUGUUUUUUAAUAGUGUAAAGGGGUCUUGAAAACAAAAAAGUUGGGAACUGCUGUGCUAGUCCAAACAGGGGAGUUACAGGCCCUGACAUGCAUUUUAUUUCCGGCUGAACUUGAGUCACCUCCUAUGUGCUUUCAAACAGGGGGUGGAGGCAGCUUGCUUAUUUAUUAUACAGCUUGGAUUGGUGUCCUUUCCACCUGUGCUGCCACAGGUGGCCAGAAAAACCUUAAAUCCCCCCACAAAACGUCUGGUGACCUGAAUCCUCCAGGGGGAAAAAAAAUGAGCUUCUCGCCUUUGAACCCAGGUGGGGCAAAGAGCCUGCAGAAGGGACACCCUCAGUGGCAGCACCCAGCAAAGACCCAUCUGAGUACCCGCUGGGAGUAGGGUUCUGUGCUACUCAAUGCCAGCAAAGCACAAGCGGUCCCUGCGCCUUCGGGAGCUUUCAUUCUAGGCCGGUGGCAGAUUACUCACAAAACUCAGAUGCACACAAAAAUAGGAAACCUGGAACUUGUCACAAGUGCUGGGAAACAGGGGUACAAGUGUUAGGAGGCCUCCGAGGUGGGCAGGGAGAUGAGGGGAGGAAGGUACCCUAACCACUCUUCUUGCCAAAUCUCAGGUUGGACCUUCCCCUCCACCUCCAUUCCCCCGCCCCCUUCCUGGCUUGCAGGUUUCAACAGCUCUUGGAUUCCCAGGUCCCACAGGGAGCCCUUGGGACCUGGGAAUCUCCUCCAGCCAAAAUCUUCAGUCUCCUCCUCGCCUCCCCAUGACCAACAGGGUCUGUGUGAAAAGAGGCCGGGCUCGGGGACGUUCAGAGAGGAGGAUUCAGCGUUUUGUUGCUCUGGGACACAGCUUGGUCACUCCGGGAAACGAACACAACCUAGAGGCUGUCAUUUGUAGAAACAGCGAAUGGCCAAAGAAUGGCGGGAGGAAGGAAGAGGAAGACUUUUAAAGAAAAAAAAAAAAGCCCUGAAAGACUGGACUAAAAAUCUUCAGGGAGGCUGGGCCUGCAAGGAGCCUUCCCGCGCCUCAGCCCACUUUCCUUCCCUCUCGACCUGACGGACUUAGGGCGUGCAGUCUCUUCGGAAAAAAUCAAGCCAAGAGAGCCCUAAGCUUCUCCCCCAGCAACUGCUGCAGAGGCGGGAAAACUUGAAUUUUGCAACCAAGAGUUGCAGCGGGACGCCUAAGCGACGAUAAGGGGCGGUGGAGGGGCGUCGUUGGGGGCUGCAGCAUCCCAAAGUGGAAGCGGGGAGGGGGACCGGCUGGAACCGAACAGCCCCGCGGCGCCUCGGCAACCGGCCGGGUGGCGCAUCCAAUCCCCUGGGCCGUGCGUGUGACUGGCGCGCGCCAAGCGGCGCGAGCCCCGGCGGCGCCGGGCAACCAGGCGCGCGCUCGCGCGUGCGCAAAAGGCCCACCCAGCCGAGCCCUUCUUCAGGUGCGCUCGCGCUUCCGGCCGGCCUCCCCGCGUGCCUUCCCGGGGCGGAAACUCCAGAACCCGCGCAUGCGCCUUCUGGCUCUCCGGCUUGAAGCGGGGCGGAGGUCCAUGGUUUCAGGUGAUCCCGCCCCUCCCUCGUAGCGCAGGACCAAUCGUGCGGUGGCAGGCGGGGUUUUGAGGAGGCAGCCCGCCCACGCACCGCGCGAGGCGUGUAUCGAUUGGUUGGCGCCGCGGGCGCAGGUGCGCGCUUCCUAUUGGGUGUGGGCGGAGCGCGAGCGAUUGCGGCAGCUUCGGGAGCUGCAGGUGAGCGCGCGCACGCGCCGCGGCUGUGGCCCGCUCGGGUGCGCGCGCGCGGGCUCGCCGGGGAGGCGGCAGAGGGAGAGGUUGCGGCGCCUGUGGCCUCCGCUCCGCCCCCUCCUCCUCCUCCAGCGCUGUCGCCGUCGCUGCCGGGGCCCGGAGGGAGGGAGCUGCUUCCCCGCCUGUCGCGCCACCAGUCCGACCCUCGGUCCCGCCGUGUGAGCAGCUGGUGGAGUGGAGCUCAGCGCGGACGCCGGAGCUGCGGCCGCCCCCUCUGCAGGUGCCUGUGAGGAGGCGCCCGGGCCGCAACCGCUUUCCGAGACCCCCAGUGGCGCACUCGCUCCCCGCGCUCCUGAGGGGCCGCCCGGCCGGAGGAGGCCGUCGCGGGGCUCGGCGUUCAGCAUGAACCGCAGCCACCGGCACGGGGCGGGCAGCGGCUGCCUGGGUACCAUGGAGGUGAAGAGCAAGUUUGGAGCUGAAUUUCGUCGGUUUUCGCUGGAAAGAUCAAAACCUGGAAAAUUUGAGGAGUUUUAUGGAUUACUACAACAUGUUCAUAAGAUCCCCAAUGUUGACGUUUUGGUAGGCUAUGCAGACAUCCAUGGAGACUUACUACCUAUAAAUAAUGAUGAUAAUUAUCACAAAGCUGUUUCAACGGCCAAUCCACUGCUUAGGAUAUUUAUACAAAAGAAGGAAGAAGCAGACUACAGUGCCUUUGGUACAGAUACACUAAUAAAGAAGAAGAAUGUUUUAACCAACGUAUUGCGUCCUGACAACCAUAGAAAAAAGCCACAUAUAGUCAUUAGUAUGCCCCAAGACUUUAGACCUGUGUCUUCUAUUAUAGACGUGGAUAUUCUCCCAGAAACGCAUCGUAGGGUACGUCUUUACAAAUACGGCACGGAGAAACCCCUAGGAUUCUACAUCCGGGAUGGCUCCAGUGUCAGGGUAACACCACAUGGCUUAGAAAAGGUUCCAGGGAUCUUUAUAUCCAGGCUUGUCCCAGGAGGUCUGGCUCAAAGUACAGGACUAUUAGCUGUUAAUGAUGAAGUUUUAGAAGUUAAUGGCAUAGAAGUUUCAGGGAAGAGCCUUGAUCAAGUAACAGACAUGAUGAUUGCAAAUAGCCGUAACCUCAUCAUAACAGUGAGACCGGCAAACCAGAGGAAUAAUGUUGUGAGGAACAGUCGGACUUCUGGCAGUUCUGGCCAGUCUACUGAUAACAGCCUUCUUGGCUACCCACAGCAGAUUGAACCAAGCUUUGAGCCAGAGGAUGAAGACAGCGAAGAAGAUGACAUUAUCAUUGAAGACAAUGGAGUGCCACAGCAGAUUCCAAAAGCUGUUCCUAAUACUGAGAGCCUGGAGUCAUUAACACAGAUAGAGCUAAGCUUUGAGUCUGGACAGAAUGGCUUUAUUCCCUCUAAUGAAGUGAGCUUAGCAGCCAUAGCAAGCAGCUCAAACACGGAAUUUGAAACACAUGCUCCAGAUCAAAAACUCUUAGAAGAAGAUGGAACAAUCAUAACAUUAUGAAACCGUUGUUUGAAUGUUUUCAGAGAGAGGAUGCCAUGAGGACUUGUACAUUUGGCUAGUUUAAAAGCAUAUAUACCUCUGACCAGUGACGUGGAAUAGGCAUGAGAUGAGUAGCGUUGCAAGCUUACAAUAUUAAUGUAGUAGUUUGAUAAUUGUUAAUAUAAACUUUGGUGGAUCAGAGGUGAAUUUAAGUCCAAAACAAAGGGGCCUUUGCUGAUGAAGUUAUGUGCUUUUGGUGUUUUGUCUGUGGAGAAUCAGAUGUUAAAGCACAUUCUUGGAACUAUGUGAGAAGACUAGAUCAUUUCUGUUGGAAGUGGUUGCAUAUUUAACCUGCUGUGCAGAGCCCAGUUAAUUUUUCCUUUAACUGUAUUUUUAAAAUUCUAAUGUGAAGUCUGAUUCUCUCUUUUGGUACAUUGGGGACCUCAGCUCUUAAAGGUCUUAUGUUCCCAAUAUUUUAUUUUGAUUUUUUUUUUUUUUUUUUUUUUUUAGUGACUGGGUCUCACUCUGUUGCCCACACUGGGGUGCAGUGGCAUGAUCACAGCUCUCUGCAGCCUCAGUCCCCUGGGCUCAAGCAGUCCUCCCACCUCAGCCUUCUGAGUAGCUGGGACCAUAGGCACGUACCACCAUACCUGUCUACUUUUUGUAUUUUUUGUAGAGACAGGGUUUCGCCGUGUUGCCCAAGUUGGUCUUGAACUCCUGGGCUUAAGCAGUCCUGCCUAGGCUUCCCGAAGUGCUAGGAUUACAGCCACCAUGCUCAGCCUAUUUUGAUUUUUGUUUUUUUAAUGUUCCUUUCUAAUAAAUUGUAACAAAUGAUGUUCUCAAGUGCAUUUCCAGUUUCGUUUUUUGUUUUUUGUUUUUUUUGAGAUGGAGUCUCGCUGUAUCGCCCAGGCUGGAGUGCAGUGGCGCGAUCUUGGCUCACUGCAAGCUCUGCCUUCCGGGUUCACACCAUUCUCCCGCCUCAGCCUCCUGAGUAGCUGGGACUACAGGCGCCCGCCACCACGCGCGGCUAAUUUUUAGUAUUUUUAGUAGAGACGGGGUUUCACCUUGUUAGCCAGGAAGGUCUCGAUCUCCUGACCUCCUGAUCCACCUGCCUCGGCCUCCCAAAGUGCUGGGAUUACAGGCAUGAGCCACUGUCCCCGGUUGUGCAUUGCCAGUUUCUAAGAAUCAAACCACUUGGCUGUUUUUAGGAGUUGCUUCCCAUGUUACAAAGCUCAGGAAGCUUUUUUUUUUUUUUUUUUUUUUUUUUGGAGACAGAGUCUCUGUCACCCAGGCUGGAGUGCAGUGGUGCGAUCUCAGCUCCUGGGUUCAAGCAAUUCUCCUGCCUCAGCCUUCUGAGUAGCUGAGAUUACAGGUGUGCGCCAACAUGUCUGGCUUAUUUUUUUGUAUUUUUAGUAGAGAUGGAGUUUCACCAUGUUGGUCAGGUGGGUCUCAAACUCCUGACCUCAAAUGAUCCGUCCAUCGCCUCCCAAAGUGCUGGAUUGCAGGCAUGAGCGCCCAGCCAGGAAGGCAUCUUUUCUUGAGUUAUGAAACUUUGCAACAGUUGUUCAAAUUGUUGUUUGUCCUUCCUAUAACUUUCAUAUUUGCAAAUUCUGUAUGGCUAUAUAAUUUAUGUUUUAAAAGGCAAUUCUCUUGACUUUGGAAAUAUGGAAGUCUCUCCUUUAACCUAUUCUUGUUCCCAUUCCCAGUCUCAUUUGAAAUCAUUCCUUUUGUUGUUAGUGUGUGUAUUUUUGUUGGUAUGCUUUUAAUGCAUCCAAGUAUGCAUCAUUUUGGAUAAAAAAUACAUCCAAAUUAAGAUGUUUUAACACAUAGGACAAACUUGUGCACUUUUUAUGCCAAAAAAAAAAAAAAAUUGGGUUUUCCUUCAUGAGAUUUCUGGAAACACUGCUUACACUUUAUGAAAACUACAUAGUAUUCACCUGUGACAGGUAGAGUUUAUCACUAUUAAUUUUAUGAGGCUAUUUAUUACUUUCCAGUGCAUCCACUUAGAACAAGCUAAGAGUAAGGCUGCUAACUUUAAUUCCUUGCCUGAUUUUAUUGUACAAUGUGCACAAGCACAACUGUAUGCUUGUAUAUAGAAACUAAAAAUACUAUGAAGUACAUAAGUUCCCUAUGGCUUAUGGAGAGUUAUUUAUUAAUUAAGUUUAUGAUAGGGCUAGUAUGAAUACCUUUUUAACAAUUGUGUGCUAUUAAAACAAUGAAGAUUCAAAUGACUCCGUUUUGAAGGAUGUUUUCUCUAUAUGGUAAAAUAUAUAUGAAGAAGUCUUGAUUACAUGAAGAUCACUUGACUCAGAAUACUUCAAUGUAUUUUGUUCACAUUACCACUAAGCAUAUUAUCAGUAAACUAUUCACUGACUGCACAUUAUGUAAUACGACGUACUUUAUGUUGAAUUCACUGAAGUUCUUCCAUUUAUAUACUAUUUUUAAUGGCAUUCCGGCUUUAACAUUCUGUGAGUCUUAUAAAUUUGACUCUUGAAUGGCAAAAUAAUGUUAGUAUGUAGAAGGUUAACUUUCAUUUAUAAUAUAAGUGGUGCAGGGGUUCAACAUUUUAAGUAAAAAUAUUUUUACACACUACCUCUCUUUUUUUUUUAAAGUUUUAACAUCAGAACUUUUGGGGGAAAAACUACUUCAGGGCUUGACUUUUUGUACAAAUUUUAACUGUAAAAUACAGAUUUAUCUUGUACACAUUCAUGGAAAUGGAAAUCAAAGCUGCUAGUGCUUUUUAUUUUAAUUAUCCUGUUAAGGGUAUCUGUCAAUGGUAUUUUCAACUAGAUCUCUGUUUCUUAAAUUAUUGGUGAAAUAAUUGAUUACUAGACAUAUUGUAAAACCAAUAGAUCCUGGUUAUACGAUAAAAUAUCAGCUCAUUGGUAGGCUGAAUCAGUUAUUUCAAGUGCACCUUAUUAACAAAAGUAUCAGUGGAUGCAACAUAAAAUUUUAUAGUACUAAACGUCAAGCCUAACUGUGAAUUUUGUUCUGUAUCUUAAGUAAAUUUAUGAUAAUGUUCUCGAGCUAUCAACAAAAUAUAUGUACUUUUGUGAGCUAUGAAUUUUCUAAUUAAAUUUUACAUGCUAUAACAUGAUUUUUACAUGAAUGAUACUUUGUUUAUAACUAUCAAAUGUCAGUAUUUUACUACAAUUUUAUUAUAAAGUGUACAUUAUCACUAAAUGAAUCUUGAUUUUAAAAAUCAAAUUAGCUUUAGUUGUAUAUUAUUUUUUACAAAUAAAGAUAGACUUGUAUAAAGGCUA